GAAGGCGGGCUGCUUUUUGGGGGGCCAGCAGAGCGGGUUCCUUGAGGGGCGACGAUGGCGGCGGGGUGCCGGGGGGGCUGUUGCGGGUGCUGUUGCUGCUGCUGUGGGGAAAGCGAGAGCCGCACCCCGGAAGAGCUGACCAUCCUUGGAGAGACGGAGGAAGAAGACGAUGAAAUUCUGCCACGUAAAGACUAUGAGAGUUUGGAUUAUGAUCGUUGCCUCAAUGAACCGUACUUGGAAGUCCUAGAAAGUUUCGAUAACAAGAGAGGCCAUCGCUACGAAGCGGUGAAGUGGAUGAUGGUGUUUGCCAUCGGAGUUUGCACGGGGAUGGUAGGUCUUUUCGUUGACUUCUUUGUCCGCCUCUUCACCAGAUUCAAAUUCCACGUGGUCCAGAACUCCGUGGAGGACUGCAGUGAGAAAGGUUGCCUGGCCAUCUCCCUGCUUGAGCUGCUGGGCUUCAACCUCACCUUCAUCUUCCUGGCCAGCCUCUGUGUCUUAAUCCAGCCAGUCGCUGCCGGCUCUGGGAUUCCGGAGAUCAAGUGUUACUUGAACGGAGUCAAGGUCCCUGGGAUCGUGCGCCUUCGGACUCUGAUCUGCAAAGCCUUGGGGGUCCUUUGCAGCGUGGCUGGAGGUCUUUUUGUUGGGAAGGAAGGCCCCAUGAUCCACAGCGGGGCUGUUGUGGGGGCUGGCCUACCUCAGUUCCAGAGUAUCUCUUUAAGGAAGAUCCAGUUUAACUUCCCCUAUUUCCGAAGUGACAGGGACAAAAGAGAUUUCGUUUCUGCUGGUGCAGCCGCUGGGGUGGCUGCAGCCUUCGGGGCCCCCAUUGGAGGGAUGCUGUUCAGCCUGGAAGAGGGGUCGUCCUUUUGGAAUCAGGGCCUCACGUGGAAAGUGCUCUUCUGCUCCAUGUCCGCCACCUUCACCCUCAACUUUUUCCGUUCCGGCAUUCAGUUUGGAAGCUGGGGUUCUUUCCAGUUGCCGGGCUUGCUGAAUUUUGGAGAGUUCAAGUGUCCAGAGUCUAACAAAAAGUGCCACCUGUGGACUGUCGUGGACCUGGGUUUCUUCAUCCUGAUGGGAGUCGGUGGGGGCCUCCUAGGGGCCACCUUCAACUGCAUCAACAAGAGGCUGGCCAAAUACCGCAUGAGGAAUGUCCACCCCAAGCCCAAGCUGGUCAGAGUCCUGGAGAGCCUUUUGGUGUGCCUGACAACCACCCUUGUGAUCUUUGUCGCUUCGAUGCUCCUUGGGGAAUGCCGGCCGCUCUCUUCGGCGGACCACGGAGACAACAGCUCCUCCUUCAGCCUGCAGGAUUCUUCCUCGGAGGAGGUUAAUUCAAGCAUCAAGACCUUCUUCUGUCACAAUAACACUUACAACGACAUGGCCACCUUGUUCUUCAACCCGCAAGAGUCCGCCAUCUUGCAGCUGUUUCACCAGAAGGGUACUUUCAGCCCUGUCACCCUCUCUCUCUUUUUCUUCCUCUACUUCCUGCUCUCCUGCUGGACUUACGGGAUUUCUGUGCCGAGCGGUCUUUUUGUCCCGUCGCUGCUCUGCGGGGCCUCUUACGGACGCCUAGUGGCCAACCUCCUGGAAAGCUACAUCGGCCUGGAUCACGUCUACUCCGGCACCUUUGCUCUGAUUGGAGCGGCCGCCUUCCUGGGCGGGGUGGUCCGCAUGUCCAUCAGCCUCACCGUUAUCCUGAUCGAGUCUACCAACGAGAUCACCUACGGGUUGCCCAUCAUGAUCACCCUGAUGGUGGCCAAGUGGACCGGUGACCUCUUCAACCAGGGGAUUUACGACAUCUACGUGGCCUUGCGUGGGGUCCCCCUGCUGGAGUGGGAAGUCAGAACAGAGAUGGACAAGCUCAGGGCGAGCGACAUCAUGGAGCCCCACCUGAUGUACGUCUAUCCGCACACCCGGAUCCAGUCCCUGGUCAGCAUUCUCCGGACCACGGUCCAUCACGCCUUCCCAGUGGUGACCGAGAACCGGGCCUACGAGAAAGAGUUUAUGAAGUGGGACCAGCUGAUCAGCAACAACAUUAAGUUCAAGAAAUCCAGCAUCCUCACCCGGGCGGCCGAGCAGCGUAAACGUAGCCAGUCCAUGAAGUCCUAUCCCUCCAGCGAGCUGAGGAAUGUGUGUGAUGAGCACAGUGCUGCCGAGGAGCCCCCAGAGACGGAGGACAUGCUGCAGCAGAUGUUAGAGCGGAAAUACACUCCCUAUCCCAAUCUGUAUCCAGACCAGUCCCCCAGCGAGGAGUGGACAAUGGAGGAACGCUUCCGGCCUCUGACUUUCCACGGCUUGAUCUUGCGCUCACAGCUGGUCACUUUACUUGUCCGAGGAAUCUGCUAUGCAGAGAAUCAGUCGAGUGCCAACCAGCCUCGUCUCUCGUAUGCAGAUAUGUCAGAAGAUUACCCACGCUAUCCGGACAUACAUGACCUAGAUCUUACACUCUUGAAUCCACGCAUGAUUGUGGACGUCACGCCUUACAUGAACCCUUCUCCCUUCACCAUUUCUCCCAAUGCUCACAUCUCCCAAGUCUUCAACCUCUUCCGGACGAUGGGGCUGAGGCACUUGCCGGUGGUGAAUGCCGUCGGGGAGAUUGUGGGCAUUAUUACGCGACACAACCUGACCCACGAGUUCCUCCAGGCCAGGCUGCGCCAGCAUUACCACACCACCUAACCUCGUCUCUCGCCUCCUCCAUCUCCAGUGCCCCCCCCUCCUCCUACCUUCUGGGGAUUCCUGGGCCCAUCGUGUGCACUUGUGGUUGCCCUCUUUUUGGAGCCGUAAACUGUACAUCCUUCAAGCUGGGGAGGGGGAAGCAUAAUAUGUGGAAAAUCUUGAAAGCUGUCUGUCCUGUCCUGGCAAGCCGUGCGCUUCUCAGUGGAUUCAGACCAAACCAUCUCAGUGCUUCAUUGCCCAACCCUGCGGGCAUCCGAAAGGAUUACAUCUCUACCUUAUUCCAGAGAGAGAGAGAGAGACUCAUGUUUCCUCUUGCUGACUUUUUUCCCCCCCAAAAUAUUGCAGGCUUCCCUCUUUUGGGCUGGUUGGGACUCCGUAUCUCUGCUCCAAACGUAGCCACCGGCUUCUCGGUUUAAUGAAGGUAUCCUACCUUGGAUACGGUUGAAAGAGGACAAAGCUGAAAAAAGUUGGAUUUUCCGACUAGGGCUUCUGCCUUUGGCACCCCUCUCCAUCUUUCUCUUGUGUUGACGUCUUUCUGAGUUCCACCCCCACCCCCAGGGUCCCCAAGGAAGCCUCUGCUUCGCGGAGAUUCGGAUGGAGCCCCCUCGGUCCUCGAAAUCUUUGCAAGAGUGGGGGAAUCCCGUCGGAGCUGCUGUUGCUGCAACCAGGGAGCUGUUUAACCUGAUUCCCGAGCACCUUCCCCUCCUUUGGGUGCCGAUCUUCAAACCGAGCCCUGUUUUUAAUCUGAUGCACAGGCAGUGCCUUGCAGAGAAGGAACCAACUUUUUCAGCCCUUGAGGGGGUGGGGGGCGGGGAGCAUAUUGUCUGGCAGGACCAAAGCGGUACUUAUUGAUGUUCAAUUCAAUCCCUGUCAGCUCUUCUUGCUAUCCAGCCCCUCUUUGCAUGCUGUUUUCCAGCUUGGCUGAUCCCCCACUUCCUCAUCAUUCCCCGUCCUCUGUGCUUCCUCUCUUGCUAUUUGCCAGCCCCCCCCCCUUCCUCUGUUUCUGGCUGGGGAGGGCAUUCUCUCCCAAUUCUUCAAAAUCUGAGCCCUGUGCAGGGGUGUUCCCAAAUAACUUCUGACUUUUCCUGUCCUUUCCGCCAGACAUUGCCUGGAAGGGGGGGUCUUGGGGGGGAGGUGUUGUUGAUGCCAGCGCCUUUUGUUCUCUGCAGGUGGUGGCUGUUUUCCUUGCCCUGGCAUGACCCUCCCUGCACAGCCCUCCCCUCCCCCCAGGUUGUUACCUUCACCAAAUCUGGUUUUUGCAGAAGGACUGUAAUUUGCAGCAUUUCAUUUAAUAAUGAUGAGGAAUACCCAGGUGGGACCGGAAUGGAUCCGGGAGGGGUCUGGCUCGGCUGCCUUCAAGAGCUUUUCCAUCCUGGCUGGCUCGCACACACAGGCCUAGAGCCGGCUGGGACCGGUCUGGCCUUCCUAACUAGCCUCAUCCCACUGGCUCUUGCGCAGGCCACUCUGGCAGACUCCUGUCUUUGUAGCUCCGGCUUUGUGUGCGUUUGUGUGUGUGUGUGUUUAACCUUUGCAUAAAUCUCUUUCCGAGGGAAAGCAGAAAUUCAGACUUGGACGAGAGCUGAUACAGCCUUGAUAAAGCACAGUUGUUGAUGCUUGUAGGGAGAGCCUAGCUUUUUCCAGCCCCCGCCCCCCCCCUUUGGUUGCAGGACUUAAUCCAUGCCGCUGCCCUCAGGGGGUCUCUGCUGAAGAAGAAGAAGAAUGCCUGUAUGGGGGGGCUCAUUCACUCAAAAUUUGGCCAGAUUCUCCCCAAAAAUUCCAGUGGGGCUGGGACGGCACUUGGUUGCAAUCUGGAAAGACUUCAGAUUUGGUAAGGUGACAAAACGUAACGAUUCCUGACUUAUUUGCCUGCUGGUUUUAUCAGCAACGAAACAAUUCCAUUUCCCGGCUUAGGCUACAAAGUUUUUAUGCCUUUUGAUGCUAAUUAAGUCUCCCAUGCAGUAUUGUUUUGUUUUUUUCCCCUCCUCCUGCUUUCCAGUAAUAGAUUAUCCCUACCUAUUUUGGAGUGACCUGGUCUGGGCGCUGAGCGGAAGUCCAAUUUUUGAAUACUGGUUCUGUCUACUCAAGACAGGAAUGCCUUUGCAAGGUGUUUUUUUUUUUUUUUUUUUUUUUUUUACGUUCACUUCUCUGGGAUACUCAGUUUUAUCUCCCCCCCUCCCCUUUUCUAAUAUUUCUUCGCUCCCUUCUCAAGCCAAACGAGAUUGCAGCUCCUCCUUUGCCCCCUCCCGCUCUUGACCUUAAAAAAAUAGAUGUCAUUUUCAUUUCCCAAGGUGUUCCCUUCCCCAGCCCUCUUUACAACCAUUUCUGGUUAGAACAGGUCCCGUUUCAGCGCUGUUAGCAAUUCCCGGCAGGCCUGUCUUCCAUGGCCUCAGCCCUCAAAACAUUCCCUUUGAACUGCUGCAAGACCAAAUUUAUCCUGGCUGAUUUUUGACUUUGUUGUGCUGGGCAAAUGGGCAUUUGACUCUAAAGUUCGGUCUAUAAAUGGCCGUGUGCUUGUGGGAGGGAAAGAAACCAAUAUUCUUAUUUACCCAGGAAGCUAAGAUGGUUUUGUUCUACUUUCCUUUGAGAAUUCCAGAAUUCAGAGAAAGAGAGAGAGAAAAGGGGGGGAGGAGAAAUAAAAAUAAUUCAUUCUAUAUCUACUUUAAUGCUUUAAAAGUGGAUGAGGAAAAAAAUGCCAAGUUAAUAUUUUGUAGGAUUGCUGACCAGUUAUAGCUUCCCUCCUCUUUUCUAGAAGCUUAAAAGUGUCAGAGAGUGAAAAACUUGCAUUCUCGGCUAGGUUCAUCUGUAUUGCCCAAUUGUUGGCAUCUUAGGCCGGGGAUAAUAUUUUUUAUUUUAUUUUAAAAAAAAUAAGGUAGCCCUAGAAAUUCAGGCGACACUACACUACAUUGUCAAAAAGUAGGUGCCACAUUUGUUAGCCUGUUUUUGUUUCACGGUCCAGAUGACAAAUCUCUCUUUCCUCCCAGGGGUCGAUAUGUGUGUUUUAAUGUGUGCACUAUAAUCAAAGAUUUUUUAAAAAUCCAGUUCCACCCUUCAGGUUUGCCCUUUGCCCCGUCUUAAAAUCAUAGCUCAGAAUUGAAUGAAGAGAAAGCGAUUCCCAUAAAACAACACAAUCUCUCCAAUUGGGUUGAGAAUUGUCUUCUGUCUUUACAAGUGAUGAAGAGGUUUUUCUCGCCUUCCCACACAACCCUGAUUUAAUUAACAUUUCCACGUGGAAUUGGCCGGGCCCACCUCACCGGCCAGUUCCGGGUUGAUAGGCCCCUCUAGGAUUUUCAUGGACACUCUAGGAAUUCUUGUUAUUUCUGCUCUCUCGUCACUUCAACAGUAUUAAUAUCCAUUCCGGAGGGAGAAGCACACGGGACAUUCCUUGGGUUUUAUAAGCUCUUAUCAAUAUUUUCAUUUCCAAUUGCACUUUCCCUUAUCGUCGCCAGUCAAAUCACGGGGAACUAAUUUUUUUGUUUGUGUGCGUAACAUUUUUGUUUUUUUAAUAAUGUUUCAAAGCACUCGGGGCAGAGUAUGUGCUGGAUAUAUAUAUAAAUUUAUAUAUAUAUAUAAAUUUGGGUUUGAGCACUUGUAUUCUAUAACCAUGGUUCUUCUCUUUAAAAAAAAAAAAGACCACAAUAAAAAUCCUCCUUUAUGU